AGGCUUGAUUGCUCAAAUUGCUCGGAGGACAUUUGAUUUUUUAGAAACAUUAGCAUUAUCGGUGGGGUUUUCCAGCAAUCAUGUCUGUUGUUCUGUCACUCUGUGUGUCAGAGAAUCAUGGUAAACAACUAUUGAGUAAAUAAAAGACUGGAUUUGCAUGGAUUGCACAACAUAAGUCCAGAUAAAAGGGACUCAGCCUGGCAGCACAGCACAUUGUCAGCUCCAGCAGGACAAUUAUCUGACUUUACUCGUAGAGAUUGGUGUACUGGAAACGAGAAAUUGAGUGAACAUGAAGACAGUUGUUGUUGCUCUUCUAGUGUUGUUGGUUAUCAGCCAGGGGGAAUCUUUGCAGUGUAAGUGUGGAGGCCCAGCACGUCCCUGUCCGAGCCCUGUGGAGACCUGCCCUACUUCACAGCCGUUUUGCGGCAAUGUAAGGAUUCCUUCUGCAGCACCUGGCUUCUUCUACCAAGGUUGCAUGGAACCAAGGGAGUGCAGAGGGCUAGAUAAUCCAGGCAUUUCAUCUACCACCUGCUGCACCACCGAUCUGUGCAAUGCAUUUGAUGGUUUAAGGUCAAUAAUCUGAAAAAUCUUCUCCUCAAAAUAAACAUCAAAUAAACUUCAGUCACUUGCAACUUU